AGGGAGCGCGCGUGCGCAGUCACGUGGAGGGCGUGAGUUCAGGAAGCAGAGGAAGUUUUUGGGGAGACGAAGUAAAGUCCCGAGAGGAGGAAGUUACAUUUGAUCAUUUUAAGCCGGGACGUUAUUUCGUAUUGAUCCCCGCGCGCGCGUCACAGGUAGAUCGUGCGCGUGACGUUAGAGGACGAGGAACCGUCCGACAGGUGAGCGUCUCUUCCGGCUCCUGAGGUCCGGGUCGAUUAAGCUCGUCGUUCCCUGAGAAAACAUCUACAGCGCUGUGAUUGGUCGGUGAAGAGGAGAAGCUCCUCCCCAUUGUCGAAGGCCGACCGAUGGCGGCGGAGGAACUGAUCCAGGACCGCGACGACGUCCGUCCCCACGUGGAGGCGGACGUGACCGCGGAGCAUCCCGACGCGCCUCUGAGGUCGGCCAACGGCAACCCCAGUCGCCACGCCUCCACGCCGCCGGCUGACUCCGCCCCCGAGGAGCCGCCGGAGUGCGGCAAGCUGAGCAGCCUGUUCAAGCAGAACCAGCUGAUCCACUCGCUGAGCAGCGGGCUGCGGCGCCACUGCGACUACGUGAAGAUCGCCGUGCCGGAGGAGCGCGGCGACUCGCUGCCCGCCGAGUGGUGGAAGACGGGCGUGGCUUUCCUCUACGCGCUCUUCGUCCUGGUCUUCACCACCGUCAUCAUCACCGUGGUGCACGAGCGGGUGCCGGACAAGUCGGUGAGUCCGCCGCUGCCCGACAAGUUCUUCGACUACGUGGACCGCGCGGCGUGGGCCUUCACCGUCACCGAGGUCAACGGCCUCAUCCUCUGCGGCCUGUGGCUCGUCCAGCUGCUCUUCCUCAAGCACAAAGCCAUCGUUGGCCGUCGCUGCUUCUUCCUCAUCGGGACUCUCUACAUGUAUCGCUGUGUCACCAUGUACAUCACCACCCUGCCGGUGCCGGGCAAGCACAUGGUGUGCGCUCCAAAGCUGUACAACGACUCCACGGGGAAGAUCUGGAGGAUCCUGGGGAUGAUCUCAGGAGGAGGUCUGUCUCUGACCGGGUCCCACCUGAUGUGUGGUGACUUCCUGUACAGCGGUCACACCGUCAUGUUGACGCUCUCCUACCUCUUCAUCAAGGAGUGUGAGUACAGAAUCAUCCAUCUAUAGAUCUAAAGAUUUGACAUUACGGGGGUCGUCUGCAUCCUGGUUGCUCACGAGCACUACAGCGUGGACGUGGUGAUCGGCUACAUCGCCAGCACCCGGACCUUCUGGUGGUACCACACCAUGGCCGACACACACGCUCUUCGUCAGCCGCCCAGCAGCUUCCUGUGGAGGACCUGGUGGAGCCCCGUCUUCAACUUCCUGGAGAGGAACGUCCACACGGCCGUCCCCAUCACCUUCUCAUGGCCGGUCACGCUGCCCUCCUGCUGCAGGCCGCGGUACCGCAUGGUGGAGGGGGGGAGGGACGAGUGA